AUGCAUCUUCGCUUCCUCUAUCUGGCAUAUACGGCCGGCCUGGUCGUUGGAUCUGCCCUGCCGCCUCUUGGGUAUGAGAGAAGAGUCUUUCUCGAGGCUCUCAGUAAGAGGCAGGCAAGCGGCGAGUCUUGCUACAGCGGUGAUGCACCCCAGGUGAAGGCUCCCAAAUCCAACGUCUGGGCGCCUAUCAGUGCUCAAGACAAUCUCGAUGUGUGGACGCUCCUACAUGAUCCGGCUACAGGGCUGAACUUGACCAAGCCUGACGACGCCACAGUGACCGAUAACUAUGUCUACUGGAUCGACACGCUUCACACGAACAAGUCGGCUGUGCUUCCUUACAUCGAUGGCGAUAGUCCCGCGCCAGCUAAGUAUGCAAGAGCAAUCAUUUUUGAAGGGGGCAAGGCAAACCCUGAUUCCCAGGAAUAUAUGAUUGGACCUCUCCCGGUCUCCGAGUCAACGACUGUGCAAAAACUUGACUAUAUCUACAAUGGUGGCAGAGGCGGAUCUGUCCCAUUCAACGCUCGAUCUGUCGACGGCAUCAAGUCCAGUGUUGUCACGCCACUGAUCACUUCUGCCAUGAGUAACAUCUCCGACAUAACUGCUGCGCUGUUCGAUGGAGGUGUCUAUUUUGGUCCAACCGAUGAUCGGACGACACUGACCAUGACGUCUGGCACUCCGGUAUCUCUGGAUGGAUCCCAAGGAUUUCGCAAUAUCCUGUUCAGGCUUCCUGGGUCCGGCUCAUACCUGAGCCCCAUCGACUUUUACUUGUUGGUUGAUUGCCCUGGUACCGAUCCGUCACAUCACUCGAUCAAGGGUUACGUCACAAACUCCAAGUUCUACCCGGACGAGGCCUCUUUGAGAGCUGCCUUUGAGUCCGGAGAGAUCUCAGAGACUUAUUUCCAACCUGAAGACGAAAGUUGGACCGAUGUCGACUACAAGCCUGAACUGGGUGUCCGAGCACUCGAGGAUCAGUUUUCACCUCAAAGCAUUGAGCUUGGCGGCAAACGAUACAAAGUGGACCCGGAAGCCCAAUAUGUCGAGUACAUGGGUUGGGGUUUCUACCUAUCCUACUCGCGAACCUUGGGUAUCAUGUUUUACGACGUGAAAUUCAAAGGCGAAAGAAUCCUCUAUGAGCUAUCUCUCCAGGAAGCAAUGGCUCAGUACGCCGGCAACCAGCCCAAGGCCUCCAACACGGUGUAUCAUGACACAUACUACAGCUUUGGAACAGACAUGGCCACUUUGGUCGAGGGCUAUGACUGCCCAUUUGGCUCCACUUUCUGGAACGUUUCCUUCCAUGAGCAGAACCUCACUACUGUCAACCAGGACGCUAUCUGCAUCUUUGAGAAAGACACGGGAGUUCCCCUCUCCCGCCAUCGUUACGGAAGCAGCGGCGGCAACUAUCCUUUCAGCAAACUCGGUGUCGUCAAAGACUCUGCUCUUGUUAUUCGUGCCAUUGCCACUGUCGGAAAUUACGACUACAUGCUUAGCUUUAACUACAAUCUUGAUGGUUCACUCGAAGUGGAAGUUCGUGCAAGUGGCUUUCUACAGUCGAGUUUCUACUAUCCAGACCAAAAGAAAUUCGGCCCACGCAUUGCCCCGGCAACCCAGGGAUCUCUCCACGACCAUAUCGUAUCGUUCAAGGCAGACUUUGACAUUAUCGACACGGCAAACUCUUUCGAGGUGAGUGACCUGGUUGUCGUAAAUCAGAGCCAGCCUUGGUUCCCAGAACUUGGAGAGUUUGAGCAGUUUGAGAUGAACAUAAGCUAUUUGGAGACCGAAAAGAGAUUCAACUGGGCCCCUAACGCCAAAGCUAUGUACGCGAUUGUCAACCAAAACAAGACGAAUGUAUGGGGCGAGAAGCGUGGCUACCGUGUUGUCCCUGGGAAAUCUAACCUGCACCUCAGCGUACUAAACUCGCCCUGGUCCUUGAAGAACUCGGAGAUGGCUAAAUACCACUUAGCGGUGACAAGGCAGCACGACACUGAGCCAUACGGCAACUCGGUGCAGAACGUUAACCUUCCUCUCGCCCCUCAGCAGGAUUUCUCCAAGUUCUUCGACGACGAAUCCAUUCUGCAGGAAGACCUGGUGCUGUGGUUCAACCUUGGCAUGCACCACUUCACUCGAGCUGAAGAUAUUCCCGUCACAUUGUACACGGAGGCUGUGUCGAACAUCAUGUUUGCACCGCAGAACUUCUUCGACCGCGCACAAGACGGAGAUCUGCUAAACCGCCGCUGGAUCAAGUACAAUGCGACAACCGACGAGCUCACUUUCGACGCAUAUGGCGUUGAGCUGCCGAACUGUGCGAUAGAUAUCCCUGAGCCUGUCUACGGCAUCUCCCCCACCGUCAAUGAGGAGUUGUAG